AUCCACACACCCACCCACCGCCCACCCCAGUCGUUUCGAGUCUGUCGACGCGCGCUAAUGACUCUGUACCCCUGUACCCCUGCUGCGCAUUUUCUACCCCCAGUAGUCUGGAUGGCCAUUCUUUAGCGUCGACUUAGUUCGUCCGUAGUGUUUAGUCAAUCCCCGUCCACCGCGAAUCCAGAUGGGACACUGCGCUCAUAGGGCCAGCAAUCACAUAUCAAUCCAUUGCUCCCACUUCCUCUUCGCCCUCUUUCUUCUCUACUCCGUCUUUCGCACGCCUUGAAUUCCCACUUGAGGCACGGGUCGGGCUUUUGCGAGUUAUUUCAUCGGAGAGAAAAAAAAAGAAGAGACCACCAUUAAAGAAGACCCACGCACCUUUUUGUUUUUUUCCCUUUCUUAAAUCUCUCAAUUAUUUCCGCAUCGCAUCGCAUCUUAUUGCUUUGCACGUUCCAAGUCCUAUAUCUUUCUCUUGCUUCUGUGCUCGAUAUAUCUUCUCUUCUGUUUAUCUUCGGCCUUGAUCUGGUUGCUUAGCAGGCUCUCUCUCGUAUACUCUUGUCAUAUUGUCUUGCUGUUAGGCACACGUUCUAUACCCUUCUCCGUCCUGUUAGACAUCUUGCUCUCGCCACGAGCUACCUUGGAUAUCCUCCGACGUCUUGUCGCUCCACGCCCCAGCCAUUCUCGGUCCUGGAAGUAUCCCCCGAUCUAGUCGCAGAGAAAGUCCACUUGCAUUUCCGAUCAUAUUUAUUUGGAAAACGAAUCGUACCGAGUAUGUCCUCCCGCGCGGCCCGUCCCUUGCGUGGAACCCGAUCUCAUUGCCUAUAUAUCACUCAAUUCUUCCGGAAAGAACUGAUCUAGGGUGGCUGACAUUGGAUGAGCGUCUUGCAGAUCUGUUGCCUUUUCUUCUUGCUUCUGUCUCUUGACAUCAACCCUCGCAUCGAGACCCCCACACACCAUAGGGGUGCACAGCCAACCACUAUUGGAAAAGUGGGCAUGCAAAACGAAACAGAUCACCUCGAUUUUCUCCUGUACCCUGUGCAAUCCACCGACAGCGCCAAAAUGUUGGCCCUGGAUUCGUCACGACAGCAGCAAAAUCCCUACUUUCAACAACAGUUCACAAUGGAUCCUGCAAUGAUCGAACCCUUCGGGUUUCACGUGGACAGCCUGAACGGAUUCGGCCAGGCCCCUACGUCGUCCGCGAUCCCUCAGCCUUCGUCGUACUAUGAUACGCCCCCGGUAUAUGCCGAGUCUUUCCCCGAAACCCAUAAACAGGCCGGCUUUCCUCCCAUGCCCGCGACUCCCCCGUCCAUCCCAACCUCGCGGAUCUCCGAGCCUUAUAUGCCCGGCCUCUCCACCGCAUCCGGCCCUUCAAUUGCAAGUGCUUCGUCUUCCGCCAUUGGCUCUCCCUACUCGGGCAAUGCGCAUGUCGUUCAAGAGAGCUGGAUCGAUACCAACCACGGCCUGGGACUUCCUGCUGCAGUCAUGAACGAUAUCUUCCCCAACGACUACAUGGGUACUACAGUGGACUCGGAUGCAUUCUAUGCAAAGAAAUAUCCGGACACCUUUGUCGACCCUUCCUUGGUCCAGCCGAUGCAGCAGCAGCAGCAGCAGCAACAUCAGCAAUCCCAUCUCUCCCCCGGACUCUCCUAUGCUGAGCAGCCUGAUUUCUCCCUGGCUCAGACCGGAUUCCUUCCCCAAUCCCCUGACCCUUCUCAACUCGCAAUCCCCGAAGCCUAUGCUCCCAUGUCGACUUCCUCCCCUUCUUUGAUGCCUUCCCACUCGCGUCCCGUCUCCAUCUACGAUAGAAGGUCGUCUAUCUCUUCCACCCAAUCUCGCCGAUCGCAACCCAGUCCCGCCGCCAGCAGCCCCGGCUUUGACGAAGAUGGCAAGGAAAAAGACCGCUGCCCCCACCCUGACUGUGGUCGGAUCUUCAAGGACCUCAAGGCUCACAUGCUGACUCACCAGUCGGAGAGACCCGAGAAGUGUCCGAUCGUUACUUGCGAAUACCACGUGAAGGGGUUCGCACGUAAGUACGACAAGAACCGACACACCCUCACUCAUUACAAGGGCACCAUGGUCUGCGGCUUCUGUCCGGGGUCUGGAUCCCCGGCAGAGAAAAGCUUCAACCGGGCAGACGUUUUCAAGCGUCAUUUGACUUCCGUCCAUGGGGUCGAGCAGACUCCCCCUAACUGCCGGAAGAGGAGCCCGACCAGCUCGGCCAACAAGAACGUCACUGGAUAUUGCCACGAUGCCACUGGCAAGUGCUCCACCUGCUCGGCCACCUUUAGCAAUGCACAGGACUUCUACGAGCAUCUGGACGACUGUGUCCUCCGGGUGGUUCAACAGGAGGAGCCUAGCGAGGCCAUCAACCAGCGGCGUCUGGCUGAGGUUGAGUCUGACGAGGAGGUGAAGAAGACCAUGGAGAAGCACAUGCUACUCGACACGGCUGGUUCCGUUGAUCGAUAUGACGAUGAGAAUGAUGAUGACGAUGAUGACUAUAACGACCUUUCAUCCACUCUCCGCUCCACCAAGGGCUUCCCUAAAGCAGCCAAGGGGAAUCCGGGUCCUGGGUCCCGCGCCAUUCUGGGCAACAAUGCCGUCAGCAAGCGUGCGACCGGAUCAAAGCGACGGAAUAACCGUGACCGUUACCCCCAGUCCUGGGGCUGCCCUAGCAGCAACAUCAAAACCAAGAAGCGUGUGUUGUGUGUCUUUGAUGGCCAACGCCGUCUCUGGAAGGAUGAGAUGAUGCUUGACAACGAAUUUGAAGUUCGACUCAAGCUUCCCGGUGGUGCGGGAGAUGGUACCAACCGAGAGGCAUACAUUACCGAUCUGGACGUUGAGACCCUCAAGCGUGCCGAAGGUGUGCUGAGCGCCAACGAGGAGGAACGUGGCCCUUGGUUGGAUGGCCCUUCCACUCACCUUAUCGGCCAACCGGCCAUGAUCCUGCCGGAUCUAUCCCAGUCUCGCGAGGUUGAUGUGGACAUUGAAGAGCUGAUGUCUUAAGACUCUGUCCUUUUGCUUUCUUGACGAACCCGUCGUUCUACAUGUGUGGCAUGAUAGCGUUUUUACUUACUCUGUUUGCGUCGUACCUUGAUACCAAUACCUUGUUCUCUAUAUCCCUUACUUGGUUCUGUGUGAUAUUUUUCUUUUUUUCUGGGUUCUUUAUGUAUGUGGUGUUGUAUCUUUACUUUCUUUCUCCUGUUCCUUAAGGGCUGUGCCAUUUGGAGUUCAGGCAACAAAAAAGUUGGAAAGGAGCAUUAUGAACGGAGAAUUAUGGGCCUUGAUGACAACCAUUCUAAUUCACAUGAAACUUUUUCUUCUUAAACUUCA